AUGGCUCAGCACAAGGCAUCCUUCCUUCUUGAGAAGCACGGUAAACUUGAAGUGAAGACUCGCCCUACCCCUACCCCACAAAAGAACCAAGCUCUUGUCAAGGUCACUGCCGCUGCGAUCAACCCUGUCGAUUGGAAGAUCAUCGACUACGGUAUCUUUUUACAAAAUUUCCCCGCCGUUCUAGGAACCGAUGGAGCUGGGGUCGUCGAAGCAGUGGGCCCGGAGGUGAAUGAUUUUAAGGUCGGAGAUAGAAUUUUUUUCCAGGGAGCAUACGGUCGUGAUGACGAAACAACGUUCCAAGAGAAAGCGAUUGUCCAGACCGAUAUUAUUGCUAAGAUCCCAGACAACAUCACCGACGACCAGGCAUCGACCAUCCCAGUCGCUGCUGUUGCCGCACUGGUCGGCCUCUUUCAGAAGACUGGCAUCGAGGUGCCAGUGAAUGGUCCCACCGCCAACGGAAAGGGGGUUCUGAUUCUGGGAGGAAGUUCAUCCGUUGGUCAAUUUGCUAUUCAACUCGCUCGUAUCGCUGGCUUCUCGCCUAUUGUUACGACUGCGUCGGCCCAACACAAUGACUUCCUCGGGUCGCUCGGAGCAACUCAUGUAUUUGAUCGCGACGUGGAUGCAAAGACUGUCCAAUCUGCUUUCUCUACGCCAGUCGCUCUUGUUGUAGACUCAAUCUCCCAGGCUUCGACUCAGGAGCUUGCUUUCGAGGUCUUGACUACCCCCUCGUCCGUGCAGGGCGCCCAUCUCGCUAUUGUGCUCCGCCCGCCGAUUCGCUCCCAUCAGUUCAGGGACCUAAGCGUACCAUUCUGGCAAACUGUCGGGCAGUGGAUCAAGGAUGAGAAGCUUGUACCUAACCGGGUACAAGUUGUGAAGGGAGGUCUUGCCGCGGUACCAGAAGCUUUGGAUCUUUCGCGCAAGGGUCACAAGGCAUCCUUCCUUCUCGAGAAGCACGGUAAACUUGAAGUCACUGCUGCUGCAAUCAACCCUGUUGACUGGAAGGUCAAAAAUUUCCCUGCUGUUCUGGGGCUUGACGGAGCUGGAGUCGUUGAAGCAGUAGGUCCAGAGGUGACUGGCUUUAAGGUCGGAGAUAGAGUUUUUUUCGAAGGCAUUUACCGUAGCAGCGACGAAACAACAUUCCAAGAGAAAACCAUCGUCGAGACAGAUCUCAUUUCUAAGAUCCCAGGCAACAUCACCGACGAUCAGGCAUCGACCAUCCCAGUUGUACUAUUACUGCGUUUUUUGGUCUCUUCCAAAAUACUGGCAUUGAUUGCGUCUGUUGGUCAAUUUGCUAUUCAACUUGCCCGUAUCGCUGGCUUCUCGCCUAUUGUUACGACUGCGUCGGCCCAACACAAUGACUUCCUCAAGUCGCUCGGAGCAACUCAUGUGUUUGGUCGCGACGUGGAUGCAAAUACUAUCCAAUCUGCUUUCUCCACCCCUGUCGCUCUUGUUCUAGACGCAAUCUCCACAAAUUCUACCCAAUCACUUGCAUUCGAUAUCCUGACUACUCCCUCUCUUGCACCAGUCGCACAUCUUGCAAUCGUGCUUCCGCUCGCUGACUCAGUCAAGGAGAAGAACCGUGGAGACAAGGUCACUUGGAUCAAGGAUGAGAAGCUUGUACCUAACCGGGUACAAGUUGUGAAGGGAGGUCUUGCCGCGGUACCAGAAGCUUUGGAUCUUUCGCGCAAGGGUGUGAGCGGUGUGAAGGUCGUAAUCCACCCCCAGGAUUGA